AUGAUAUUACUGUUGGAUGGCGCAGAGUUGAUCCUGCUGGCAGUUCUGACGCACCUUGCAUAUUCGCCAUACACUAAGGUCGAGGAAUCGUUCACUAUACAGGCUGUCCAUGACAUUCUGAAGUAUGGGAUAAGCGGCAUAUCCGAGUAUGAUCACCAGGCGUUUCCCGGCGCGGUGCCAAGGACGUUUGUUGGAGCGCUGAUCAUUGCUGGCAUUCUGAAACCACUCAGCUGGCUGUUCGGGCUACAGGGGGGCAACGAAGUUUCUAGCAUCACCGGGAUAGCUAUGCAGAAAUGGGCACGCGCAAUUGUUGGCUGUUUGAAUGUCUUGGCCCUGUUUCGGAUGAAACGCGUGGUUGAGCGCAAGUUAACAGCGAACGAUGAGCCCAAGAAACGCAACCCGCUACGCCACACGGGCUACUGGUUCGUGGUGUUCCUGUCGGCACAGUUCCACCUGAUGUUCUACGCCUCGCGGCCAUUGCCGAACUUCGUGGUCUGUUUACCAUUGGCGGUCACAGCUCUGUCGCUCGCGAUCGAGGAACGCUACUGCUUCUCGAUCGGGCUGUUGUCGUUUACCGCAGUCGUGUUCCGCUUGGAAUUAGGUGCGAUGUGCAUUGGGCUGGCGCUUGCAGCGCUGGUAGCCAGAAAAGUGUCCGUUAUGGAGAUUAUACGCUUUGGCAUUAUAGGGUCUGGUGUGGGACUAGGCCUUUCGGCAACCAUAGAUUCGUACUUCUGGGGACGCUCAUGCGUCCCGGAGAUGGAUGCAUUUGUUUUUAACGUGAUUGGUGGCCAGUCUGCGAAGUGGGGCACAGAGCCACUACUGGCGUAUUUUACACGCUACUUACCGAGGCUCUUCUUUCCACCCAUGGUGACCGUAUUCUGCAUCGCCGGGGUGAGGAUAGCUAGUACCCCAUUCCGCAUAGUGUUUGCUGCGAGUUUGAUACACAUUAUGCUUCUCUCGCUGCAGCCCCAUAAGGAAUGGCGAUUCAUCAUAUACUCUGUCCCAGCAAUUACCUUGCUCGGCAGUAUGGGCGCAGCGUACCUCUUCUCCCUCGCAAAUUGGAGACAAGCCAAUGGCUUUUCUAUGCGGAUCCUGAUUUUGAUUUCGCCAUUGCUGAUGUUAAUGCACUCAGUGCUGAUGUCCUAUAUAUCCAGCAUGAAUUAUCCUGGUGGAUAUGCGCUAUCUGCAUUCAACAAAUAUGUGCUGGACAAUAAUAUCUCGAAUGCGACCGUCCACCUAGAUGUCUUCACUUGUAUGACGGGUGCAACGCUGUUUGGACAGCUGCCGGACUCCUACGGGAUCAUAUAUGACAAGACUGAAGGUGAUGAAUUAUUGGACGCAUGGUCAUCGUUCGAUUAUGUCAUUACAACUGAUCCCAACAGCUCACUGCCUCCUGUUACAGGCUACAAAUGGGAGCGCAUCCAAACUACUGAGGCCUUUGACCGCUUCGACCUUAAAACUAUACCGGAAAUAAUCAACUCAGAAGUUGCUAAGGGAUUCCCUAUCUUAAAAGAUGCAAUACUCUCUGCAGACCUGCAACCUGUGAAGGCUGCGUUCACAGAUGUGAUCAGGUGCAGGGAUUCAGUGUAUACAUAUAAAAGAGUUGAGAAUUAA